AUGUAUUUAACACAUUCUGCAAAAAUGUCAAAAACAAUCAUGGUGUAUAGCUUCUUUUUCAUCUUGACCACAUCGGGCUUCGUAACAUGUUUAUCUGUGGUGGGACCACGGGUUCUACGUCCAUACACCUCAUACAAGAUAUCAAUCGCGGGGAGUUCCCGGGCUCACAACUUAUAUGUGGCGGUGGAGCGUGAAAGCGGCGAACAAUUCAGCCAGGGCCGGGAGGUGCAAGUCCCGGCCGCCACCUCUAGAUUAAUUGAACUCGAUAUUGGUGAUCCGGGACCAGGGCAGUAUAAGCUGGUGGCUCGAUCGACGUCAGGUCCCCAGUUCGCCUCGUCUGCGGCACUCAUAUACCAGCCUCGCAGUUUCUGUGUCUUCGUGCAGACCGAUAAGCGCGUCUAUCAACCCGAGGAUACUAUCUACUUCAGAGUUAUCGCUCUCAAUAAAUACCUGUUGCCGCUGAACACGACGGUGGAUGUGAGCGUGGUGGACAGCGGCGGGUCGGCGGUGCGCGAGUGGGCGGCGGCGGCGCUGGACCGCGGCGUGUUCGCCGAGCAGCUCGCGCUCGCCGACCAGCCCGCGCUCGGACAGUGGACCGUGCAGGUGGAAGUACGCGGACAGAAGUACUCGCGCCAUAUACUGGUAGCAGACUAUGUGUUGCCGAAGUUCCAGAUGGACAUGCAAAUGCCUAAGGAGCUACUGUUCAGCGAAGGACGAUUCGACAUCAACGUUACAGCAAAGCACUUCAAUGGCCUGCCGGUUCAAGGAGAGUUAACAAUUUCUGCUAAUGCCGUGUUCUUCUCCGGAUUGCUUCAGCCAGUAUUUUCUUCACCUGCUAGGAAAGUGGUAGAAUUUAACGGCCAUGCCGAUGUAACGUUUGAUCUUAAAACAGAUCUCGACCUCGCUGAGGAUGCAGCACGACCUUUAGUAAUUGAAGCGGUGCUAGAGGAAAAAGAUACAUUGAUAAAACAAAACAUUUCAUCGAGAAUACUUCUUUUGAGAACGCCAUAUCGGCUGAGGGUUACCGCACCGGAAUAUUUCAAGCCUCAGCUACCGUAUAUCGUUCAGAUCGAAGUGGUGAACUCUACGGGGCAUAUAAUCGACGCGGAUGAAGACGUAAUUGUAGAGCGGCUAUGGGAUAGCGGCGCACCCGCCAACAAAACUACGGUUCCAUUCAACAAGGGCCUAGCUCUAUACACUACAACACCCGAUGUUGCUCACAGCAACUCUACCAUGAAUUUGGUGAUAAAGUACAAGGCGGUGACGGAGCGCGUGGUGAACGUGGUGAGCGGGUCAGGCGGCCAGCAACUGAGCGUGCAGCUGCUGGCCAACGAGCCCGGCGCAGACGAGGUGCGCGCGCGCGUCACCGCCACCGACCCCAUGGACCUGCUGCACUACGCACUGGUGGCCCGCGGGGACAUCCUGCACGCACGCACCCUCGAGUUGAGCCCUGCGCGGCGCAGCGUGGACGUGAGCGUGGCGGUGCGCGGCGCAGCGCCGGGCGGCGUGCUUCUCGCCUGGAGCCCGAGCCUCGCCGCCGCGCGCCCGCUUCUCGCUGCCGCGCUCUACGUGCCGCGCCCGCCCGCCCACAUGCUGCACAACCAGGUCUCGAUGACGACGGCGGCGACGACGUCGGGAGUGUACCGACCCAACGGCAUGGUGGAGGUGCGUGUGGACGGCGCGGGAGGCGCGCGCGUGGCGCUGCUGGGCGCCGAUACGCGCGCUCACUCCACCGGCCUCGCCACUCCCGCCGGCGCCGGCCUCGACCUGCACACGAUUGAACGCGAAGUGGAAAGUUUCAGUGGUAUCAAGCACUCGGUAUUCAAGAAUGAAGAAAAUCUGCCGAGCUUGGGCUUAGAUUUAGGUGGACGCACUCCAGCAGAUGUGUUUAAGAAUGCCGGACUUGUGGUACUAACUGACGGCGUUGUGGAGGGUAAUGAUCCUCAAGGCACUGAGACAGGGGAGGCUGAGGCGGCGGUGGAGACGGGCACGCGCGCGCCGCUGGCUGGCCCGUACGCCUUCAGCCGGCUGCCCGCGCCGCCCGCGCCCCGCUUCUACCUCACCGCCGCGCCGCACCGCACCUGGCUCUUCGCCAACCUCUCGCUCGGUAACGAUGGCAAAGGCACAAAGGAAGUGUGGUCACCAAUGGCACCAGGCGAAUGGACAAUCGGAGCAUUCUCAGUGCACCCAACCCUGGGGUUGGGUCUGGCUGCUCCUCAAACAUUCACAACAAGCGUACCGCUGUCCAUAACUGCCGAGCUGCCGGAAACUUUGCAACGUGGAGAAAUGCUAGCAGCCGUCAUUAUCCUGAAAAACUCGCUAUCACAGGACGUAACGGUUGAAGUUACCUUCCACAACUCCGAUCAGUAUUUCGAAUUCGAACCUUUGGAGAAUAACGUUGAUUCAACGAAAAAGAUCGAGUUGUUCCGGCGCACGCGCGUGACGGUGGCGGGCGGCGCGGUGCGCAGCACGGCGUUUCUGGUGCGCGCUGUACGCGCGGGCAGCGCGCCCGUCAUCGUGGAGGCGAGCGGCGGCGGGCUCUCUGCCUCGCUCUUCCGCACCAUCGACGUGCAGGAUGGGUACGAGGAGGAGUCGUGGUCGUGGAUGGUGCUGGACGCGCGGCAGGGCGCGGCUCGCGGCAACGUGAGCGCGUGGGCGGCGGCGGGCACUCGCGCGCGCGGUGCCGUUCUGCUGGCGACCGGCGACGCGCUGGCGCCGGCGCUGCAAGCCGCGCGCCGACUCGCCGCGCCCGCGCCCGACGCUGCGCACGCGCUGCGCCCCCUCGCCGCUGCCUGCCUGCUGCUUGACUACCUGCAGGCAACGAAUCAAGAUGAAGUGUCGAUAAGUAAUGAGCUGCGUGCGCAAGCCGCGGCCGGCUACCAGCGACUGAUGGCGUUCCGCCGACCUGACGGCUCUUUUGCACAGGAAAUGGACCCGGAAGCUGAGGGCGACGUAUACAUGACGGCGGAGUCGGGGCGCUGGGCGGGGCGGUGCGCGCGGCACGUAGCAGCGGCGCCUGCGGGCGCGCGCGCGGCCGCGUGGCUGGCGCGCACGCAGCGCCCCGACGGCUCGUGGGAUGCGCCACCGCGCGCCGUGCGCAACCACCCGCACGCGCAGGCGCCGCUGCCGCUCGCCGCGCACGCGCUCAUCGCGCUGCUCGACAACAAGGGAAGCGACGUUCUGUACAAAGACGAGAUAAACAAGGCGGUGGACUACAUAGCACGGGGUCUUUCUCCCGACUUGGAGCCUUACGCCCUGGCCGUAAUAGCUUAUGCUCUUGCAGCAGUUCGCCACCCGCAGGCUUCACGGGCCUUGCAGAUGAUGGACAAAUAUGUUAAUUCUACCGAGGCGGGCAUAUGGUGGUCGCGCGCGCUGGGCAUCGCGGAGCAGCGCAAUCCGUGGGUGCGCGGCAACAGCGCGGACGCGGCGGCGGCCGGGUGGGCGCUGGGCGCGCUGCUGGCCGAGCGCCGCGCCGACCGCGCGCUGCCCGUCGCGCGCCGCCUGCUGCACGCCGCACGCCCCGCCGCUCUGCAGCCGCACGUGCUGGAUGCCCUGGCGCAGUUCUCCGAAACGAUAAGAACAUCGAAUAAGUUACGAGUAUCUGUCAACGUAAGCAGCAUCGAAGAACCGAGGCAAUUCAACAUCGACGACGACAACGCGCUCAUCGUUCAAACUCAACUUGUACGAAAUGCAAAAUGGGCAAGUGCUAAAACAGAAGGACGCGGCAUAGCCCUAGUGGGGCUGUGGGCGCAGGGCGUCACCAACGUGACGGCGGCUUGGCCGCGCUACACGCUCGACCCGCGCGUCGACCGCGUGUCCACCGAGCACCGCUUGCAGCUCUCCAUUUGUAUCGGGUACGAACGUUACACAACACACAACUCGCACGGUAUCACCAACGUGACGGCGGCCUGGCCGCGCUACACGCUCGACCCGCGCGUCGACCGCGUGUCCACUGAGCACCGCUUGCAGCUCUCCAUUUGUAUCGGGUACGAACGUUACACAACACACAACUCGCACGGUAUCACCAACGUGACGGCGGCCUGCCCGCGCUAUUCGCUCGACCCGCGCGUCGACCGCGUGUCCGCCGAGCACCGCUUGCAGCUCUCCAUUUGUAUCGGGUACGAACGUUACACAACACACAACUCACGCGGUAUCACCAACGUGACGGCGGCCUGGCCGCGCUACAGGCUCGACCCGUGCGUCGACUGCGUGCCCGCCGAGCACCGCUUGCAGCUCUCCAUUUGUAUCGGGUACGAACGUUACACAACACACAACUCGUACGGUAUCACCAACGUGACGGCGGCCUGGCCGCGCUACAGGCUCGACCCGCGCGUCGACUGCGUGUCCACCGAGCACCGCUUGCAGCUCUCCAUUUGUAUCGGGUACGAACGUUACACAACACACAACUCGCGCGGUAUCACCAACGUGACGGCGGCCUGGCUGCGCUACACGCUCGACCCGCGCGUCGACCGCGUGUCUGCCGAGCACCGCUUGCAGCUCUCCAUUUGUAUCGGGUUCGUAGCACAACAAAAUGAUACGGAAAGUGGGUUGGCCCUGCUUACGGUUCAAUUGCCAUCCGGCUUCCUUGCCGAUAUAAACACCAUCACCGAACUUACGGCGGCGCGGCACGUGGUAGGCGCACGCGUGCUGGCGGGCGGUGCACGUGUGGUGGCGUGGCUGCGCGCGGCGCGCGACGAGCGCUGCGCCACGCUGGCGGCGCCACGCGCACUGCCCGCCGCGCACCAGCGCCCCGCCUGGGCCACGCUCGAAGACCUCUACGACUCCAGUCACCGCGCACGCGUGUUCUUCUCGGGCGUGUCGGCGAGCGCGUGCUCGGUGUGCCGCGCGUGGGCGUCGUGCGAACGCGCGUGCGGCUCGGCAGCGCAGCAGCGCGCGCCCGGCCCCGCACCCGCACACGGCUCUGCGAACGCACUCGAUCUGCGCACGCGCACUCACCCGACGCCGCGCCGCCCACGCGCUCGCCCGCACCCGCACUCGCCCUCGCGCUCGCUCUCUGCACGCUGCUGCUGCUGCGGUAGCCUGACAACUGCUCCACUAAUGUAUGCUACCGCCGAUGCUUGA